AACAAGCAAGAAAAAGAGCAAGAAGAGUUCUUUCAAGUGAGCUAAAAGUGGCAACACGCAUCGCGCUCGGUGGCCGUCGUGGAUUUCUGGUGAAAUUUAGCAAAUACUAGCGCUCGAAACGUGCCGAAAGUAGCCGCAAACGAACCCGUGUGAAAAUGUCCUCCGGCGAGCAGCAAACACAGGCCACUACCGGCCAGCCGCACCUCCAAAAACAAGACCUUUCCCAGCUGGACGUCACCAAGCUGACACCGCUGUCGCCCGAGGUCAUCUCGCGCCAGGCCACGAUCAACAUCGGCACGAUCGGGCACGUGGCCCACGGCAAGUCCACCGUGGUCAAGGCCAUCUCCGGUGUGCAGACGGUGCGCUUCAAGAACGAACUGGAGCGUAACAUCACCAUCAAGCUGGAGCCGUUGUCGGAUGAGCUCAUCGGUCGGCUAACGACGUCCCCGGCCGAGCUGGCCGCGUAUAUUAAAAUGACCCACGAGCGGUACAAAAUCAACGGCAAGCGGCGCCGCAAUUCCGCGGAUUCGCCUCCGGACGGGCACCGCCUGAAGCAGGCGAAGAUUUCCAGCUACUUUAACGGGGGCGGAACGACGCCGGCCGCCGCGGACGGUGGCAAAUACAAGCAAAGAAAUAUCGAGUAUUAUUUUAACCGAAACGGAUUGCACAAAGACCAUGAGACCAAUGGACUGCACGAACGUGCGAGUCGCAGCAUGACGCCGAAGCUGUCCCGGCGGACGUCGGUUGCGAGUGACGCAGGGAGUGUUGAGUCGGGGUCGUCGUCGACAUCGCGACUGCGAGUGCGGCGUAAGUCGUUGACCUAUUCGGACGAUUCGCCGUCGCGGACGACGACAACGACGACGACGGGAACGCCGGUAGCUGGGAGUGGCAAGAAGCGACGAUCGGCGGCACCGCCCAAGGCCAACAAAGACGGCGAGUACUCGGUGGAGAGUAUUGUGGAUAUUCAGGAGAUUUCGAACGCACCAGUUUUCGAGAUCAAGUGGCGUGGAUACAGCUCGAAGAGCAACACUUGGGAACCACUGCCAAACAUCCGCACGUGCCACGCGAUCAACGAGUUUUUGCAGUGGCAGCUCGAGUCGUACGUGGAGACGAUCAACGAAAUACGGCAGGAGUUGGGCGAGACGGAGCAGUAUCGGGAGCAGGUUACGUUGCAUGAGACCAAAUCGUUCAAGCAAAUUCUGGCCGAAUAUGAAAAGUUUGACCCGUUGGCGUUUGAUAGCGAUAUGGUGUUGUACGCCAAGAUUCGUGCGAAUUACGCCAAGAACAAGCGGCUGCACGAUCGGAUCCUGGCGAAUGUUGGCCUGGAGAUGUCCUACCGGAAGCGACGCGAUCAGCUCGUCAAGAUGAAGCAGUUCGAGGACAUGAUCAACGAAUUUGAGCCGAGCAGCAAGAUUGCGGUGGAGAACGAUGAAGAUUCGGACGUGCCACAGGAGAACUUCAAGUACAUCAAGGAGAACCUGGCCGGGGAGGGCGUCACCAUCCCGGACGAUCCGCCGUACGGGUGCGAGUGCGACCAGUGCAACUUCCGGAGCGAUUGCUGCGGCAAAAUGGCCGGUUCCAAGAUGGCUUACAACACGAAAAAGCGACUGAACGCACCUCCCGGCAUGCCGAUCUACGAGUGUAACAAGCGGUGCCGUUGCAGCGCGGAUUGUACGAACCGGGUCAUGCAGAACGGGCGCAAGUUCAACGUGUCGCUGUUCAAAACCAGCAACGGACGCGGCUGGGGCGUCAAAACCAACCAAACCAUCUACGAGGGCUGGUACAUCACGGAGUACAUCGGCGAGGUCAUCACGUACGAGGAGGCGGAGAAGCGAGGUCGCGAGUACGACGCCGUUGGCCGCACCUACCUCUUUGAUCUGGACUUUAACGGGAGUGACAAUCCGUACACGAUCGAUGCGGCCAACUACGGCAACAUUGCCCGCUUCAUCAACCACUCGUGCGACCCCAACUGUGGCAUCUGGUCGGUUUGGGUCAACUGCCUGGAUCCGAAUCUGCCCCGGUUGGCGUUCUUCGCCAAGCGGAAAAUCGAAGCCGGCGAAGAGCUCACGAUCAACUACCAAACGCAGAUCAACGAGAGCCGGGCGAUGGACGUGAGCCAGGACGAGGAAGGUCAGCCGCAGAACGGGCCCCCGAGCGAUGAUGGCGGUCCGGGCAGAGGAAAGCCCGACCCGGAGAACUUGACCGAGUGCCGCUGCGGAGCGGAUAAUUGCAAGAAAUACGUUUUUUAGAGAUAAUUUCAGUAAAAUUGUAUAAUUACAAUUGUGUUUACAACCAUUUCAUCUUAUGCUACAAAAAAAGUGCCUAAAUAAACAGAAAAGAACGCUUGUUUUAGGGAGA